UCUAUGUAUUACUCAGUCUACGCCUCUAUAGCAUCGUCCUGUGAGCUGCCAAAAUUGGCAUCCGAAAUUUUAACUAGUAUCUAAUCUGUGAUCCUAAAUGUGACAAGCAAAACGAUGAGCGAAUCAACGAACAUUGAAUUUGACAUAACAUAAUACCGACCUAGAAAAAAUAAUUAUUUACAUUUUACUUUCAGUAGUAAUUGUUAAUGGUACUGUUCUUGAAAGUUCGUAGUAGUUAGUUCAUUUAGAGAUAGGCACUUAUUUUUUAAGCCUACAAGUAUUAAAUAUAAGUUGCCGUUACGUUCCCACUUUUCUAUUAAUAAAUAUGUCAAUUAUAAAACAUUAACCCAGAGUUAAAGUAAAUUUGAGAGUCGUAACUCGCAAGCGGAGAAGAUGAAGAGUAGCCAGCUGGCUGCGGCGGCCGGGCGCUGCCUCGGGGGCCGCAGGCUGGCGACGGUGCGCAGCCCCGGCGCGCGCGGGCUGGCGGCGCGCGCGGAGGAGGCGCCGCGGGCCGUGCGCCAGAGCGGCUCGUUCACGCUGAACCUGUUCCGCGGCCAGUUCGAGCCGGCGCAGGUGUUCCCGUUCCCCGAGGCGCUGGGCGACGAGCAGCGCCAGACGCUCGCGGAGCUGCUGCCGCCCGUCGAGAAGUUCUUCCGGGAGGUCAACGACCCCGCCAAGAACGACGCGGCGGCGCAGAUCGAGGAGCGCACGCUGGCCGGCCUGUGGGAGCUGGGCGCCUUCGGCCUGCAGGUGCCGUGCGAGCUGGGCGGCCUGGGCCUGUCCAACACGCAGUACGCGCGCCUGGUGGAGGUGGUGGGCGCGCACGACCUGGGCGUGGGCAUCACGCUGGGCGCGCACCAGUCCAUCGGCUUCAAGGGCGUGUUGCUGUUCGGCUCCGAGGCGCAGCGCGCGCGCUACCUGCCGCGCGUCACGGGCGGCGAGUACGCGGCCUUCUGCCUCACCGAGCCCUCCUCCGGCUCCGACGCCGGCUCCAUCAAGACGCGCGCCGUGCUGGCGCCCGACGGCAAGCACUUCGUGCUCAACGGCUCCAAGAUCUGGAUCAGCAACGGCGGCAUCGCGGAGAUCAUGACCGUGUUCGCGCAGACGCCCGUCGAGAAGGACGGCAAGACCGUCGAUAAAGUGACGGCGUUCAUCGUGGAGCGCGCGUUCGGCGGCGUGUCGUCGGGCCCGCCCGAGAACAAGAUGGGCAUCCGCUGCUCCAACACCACGGAGGUGUACUACGAGGACGUGAAGGUGCCGGUGGAGAACGUGCUGGGCGGCGUGGGCAACGGCUUCAAGGUGGCGAUGAACAUCCUCAACAACGGGCGCUUCGGCAUGGCGGCGGCGCUGGCCGGCACGCAGCGCGCGGCGCUCCGCCAGGCGGCCGAGCACGCGGCCACGCGCGUGCAGUUCGGCAAGCGCCUGGCCGACUUCGGCGCCGUGCGCGAGAAGCUGGCGCGCAUGGCGCUGCUGCAGUACGUGACGGAGUCGCUGGCCUACAUGGUGAGCGGCAACAUGGACGCCGGCUGCCAGGACUACCACCUGGAGGCCGCCAUCUCCAAGGUGUUCGCGUCGGACGCGGCGUGGGCCGUGGUGGACGAGGCCAUCCAGAUCCUGGGCGGCAUGGGCUUCAUGAAGGCCACGGGGCUCGAGCGCGUGCUGCGCGACCUGCGCAUCUUCCGCAUCUUCGAGGGCACCAACGACAUCCUGCGCCUGUUCGUGGCGCUCACGGGCAUCCAGUUCGCGGGCUCGCAGCUGCAGGAGCUCAUGCGCGCCUUCGAGCGGCCGACGGCGCACCUGGGGCUCAUCUUCGGCGAGGCGGGGCGCCGCGCCUCGCGCGCCGUGGGGCUGGCGCGCGGCGCCGACGUGGGCGCGCUGGUGGGCGCGGAGCUGCGCGCGCCGGCCCGCGAGCUGGCGCGCCAGGUGCUGCAGUUCGGCGCGUGCGUGGAGGCGGCGCUGCGCAAGCACGGCCGCGCCGUGCUGGACGAGCAGCUGCUGCUCAACCGCCUGGCCGCCGGCGCCGUGGACGCCUACACGGCCGCCGCCGUGCUGUCCCGCGCCAGCCGCGCGCGCCGCCUGGGCCUGCCGUCGGCCGACCACGAGGUGCGCAUGGCGGAGGCGUGGACGGAGGAGGCCACGGAGCGUCUGGGCGCGCUGGCGGCGGCGCUGGGCCCGCGCGCCCAGCGCCACGGCGAGCGGCUCACGGCGCUGGGCCGCGACGUGGCCGAGGCGGGUGGCCAGCUGUCGCGCUCGCCGCUCAACCUGUAGCGGGCGCCGGACCACUGGAGCAUGAAUCCUUAGCUGAUAUGUUAUAAAUAGAAAUUAUAUUUUUGCACAACA